CGAAUGCGCAGAAGAUCAUGAAAAGUUCAGAAAUGAUAUAAAAAAUUUUUUAAUUUUCAUAGAUGUUCUUUUUUUAUUAUUGUUAUUAUUAUUAUUAUUAUAAUUUUAUUAAAAGUUAUAAUUUCUAACUUGUUAAUUAAUUCGACAAAAGCAUCUAAUCUAAUUUAUUUUUAUAAGUGUUAAGAAAAAAGUUAUACUAUACUCUUUCUAUUAAAAUUUAAAUCUAUUAGAUGUCUACCUGUUUGAUCAUUCUUAGAAUGAUCUAUUACGCGUUCGAUAACCUUGAACCUUCAAUAUGCCUGUUUCCGAAGGUGACUGCCCGCGAAUUACGUGUAGAUUUGCAUGAUCGACCUUGAACUAUGACUGAAAAUUGGAGAACAAUUUUUGUAACUGGAGGUGCUGGUUAUAUUGGUAGUCAUUGUAUUGUAGAACUUUUAGAAUGUGGAUAUGAUGUAGUAGCUAUAGACAAUUUUGCAAAUAGUGUUGUAGAAGGUAAAGGGGAAUCUGCAGCUCUUAAAAGAGUUGAAAAAAUAACUGGAAAGAAUGUUAUAUUUUAUAAUUGUGACCUAAUUGAUAAAAACAACCUUGAAGAAGUAUUUAAUAAGCAUAAAAUAGAUUGUGUCAUUCAUUUUGCGGCUAUAAAAGCAGUGGGAGAAUCUAUGCAAGUUCCACUUCAUUAUUAUAAAAAUAAUAUUAUUGGUGCCAUUAAUUUACUAGAGGUAAUGAAAGCUGCUGGUUGCUUUCAAUUAGUUUUUAGUAGUUCUUGUACAGUAUAUGGAGAACCAAAUGAAUUACCAAUAACUGAAGAACAUCCUACAGGAAAUAUAACAAAUGUAUAUGGUCGUACUAAGUAUUUUAUCGAAGAGAUGCUUAAAGAUAUAUCAAGAGCUGAAAAGAAUUGGAAUAUAAUCUCUUUAAGAUACUUCAACCCAGUAGGUGCUCAUCCUAGUGGAUUAAUAGGAGAAGAUCCAACAAAACCAUUUACAAAUUUAAUGCCAUAUAUUGCACAAGUUGCAUUAAGUCAUAAACCUGAACUCAUUAUCUUUGGUGGUGAUUAUCCUACAAAGGAUGGAACAGGAAUUCGAGAUUAUAUUCAUGUCAUGGAUUUGGCAUCUGGUCAUGUAGCUGCUUUAAAUGCUUUACAUAAACAACAUGUUAAACUAAAAAUUUAUAAUUUAGGUACUGGACAAGGAGUAUCUGUCCUUGAAUUAAUAAAAACGUUUGAAAAAGUGACAGGUGCAACUGUUCCAUAUGUUAUAAAAGAUAGAAGAGAAGGUGAUAUUGUCUCUAUGUUUGCUAAUACAGAUUUAGCAGAGAAAGAGCUUGGAUGGAAAACUAAAUACAAUGUUGAACGAAUGUGUGAAGAUUUUUGGAGGUGGCAAACAAUGAAUCCGUAUGGGUAUCGGACGCCAAUAAAAAACGGCAUUCAUCCUCAUGUAAAUAAUACUACAUAAACUUAUGGCUGUACACCAUCUUUCGCCGUAGCGUAUGUAACUUCAACAACAAGUAUGGACAAAUAAUGUGCGAUAAGGAAACACUGUCCUCACUAUCGCAUUAAUGUAUAAGCUCGUUAGGUUAUAGUCCUUUCAUGCGUAGCCUAAUAAUCGAAUUAAUGUGUAACAGAAAUUUUUGUAUGUAUUAAAAAUAGUAGUAUAUCUGACAAAAGCAAGAAAAACUAUAUAUCAGAUUAUACAUCUCUAAAGAUAAAAUAAUUGAAAAAGUUUUAUAUCGUCUGUUUCUAAUUAAAUUUAUAUAAAUAGCUAAGGCGUAUUUAAGGAGUCAUUAGUUCUAUAUUACUUCCUAUGGAAAUGAAAAAAAAAGAUAUAACAUAUAUAUAAAAGAUAAUAACAAUAAUAGUAGAAAAAAAAUCACUGAUGUAUAUCCGAAAUUCUAAAAUAUGUGAAUACGAUGGCAAACAUAACUAGAAUAAAAAAUAUAAUAUUUAAACUGAAAAAUUAAAUAAGAAUAAUUAAGAAUAAAUGAAAAUCAAUAAGAAUAAGUAAGAAUAAAUGACAAUAAAUAAAAACAAAUAAGAAUAAAGAAGAAUAAAUGACAAUAAAUAAAAACAAAUAAGAAUAAUAAAGAAAUUAGAAUUUUUCGAUGCAUUUCUCGAAAAAAUUAUUUCAGAAUUUUAUUUAAUCUACUGAAGUAUAAUUAGCAAUAUAAAAUGUAAGUACUUUCACACUUAAGUAGAAUUAAAGAGAUAAGAUUUUGGAAAUUUAUUAAAAUAUGUAGCCAUUCGUUCAACAGUACUUGCGUUGUAUAAUUCAGAUUUAAAUUUCGAUAUAUCGCAAGUAAUAUCUACUUAGAUCUCACCACGAGAAGGUUGCUGCAUAUGGAGAUCCACAGACUAACGGUGAUUACUCUUUUGUACUAUUACUACUAUUACUAGUGUAUAAAAAACAAAGUAAAGCGACGGCGUAUCUGUUACUUCACGAGAAUUCAGAUUUCAAAUACUAAAAUUGUAGACCCAAGUGUUACCGCAUAUUCGGGAAUCAACUUAUGCAUAACUCGACCAUCGUAACAUCGUAAGCUUCAUUCACCAUUAUUGAGCACGACUGAUCGUGCUUUCGUGACAAGUUAUAUUGGGAUCCAAAAUUGGAUUAUAUAUAUCACAUUCAUAAAUACUCGUGCAAGUAUUUCGGAUAUAUCCACGCGAGUUGGCAAAAACCGUUAUAAAAUCAAAGAUGAUGGACAGCCAUAAUUCAAAAAUAAAUAACAUAUA